AUGAUACAUUUCUUAUCCUUGUGUAUUUUAACUUACACAGCUUAUAGCAGCCUGUCAAAGAAUAGCUCACAAAAUCAAAUAAACUCGCCUACUGAAGUGUUUUAUCACCCUGAAACAGGAGAAAUUCUUACUGAAGAGGAACGACAAGAACUAAAAUCUAAAUAUAUAGCCGUUGUUGACGGAAUCGCAGAUCAUGCAGUUUCAGACUAUAGCAAAUAUGGGUUUUAUUCAGUGUCUGAAAGAGAAUUAAAUGAAGACAUUAUUGCGCUUAUCAAGCUUUAUUUGGUAAUGGCAGAGGACGAAAUCGUUGUAAUAAACAACAUUCAAUAUGACAAAAAAGGUAUUAGAGAAUUUACACUUACAGAUGAAGACUUAGUCAGGAAUUUUGGAAAAGACGAAGUAUUAAUCAUUACGAAUGGCGAAAGUGAAUUUGUUUCAGAAGAAGAGCUUCUAAUACUAGAAGAAGAAGCUUCAUAA